CACUAUAUAAGCCCUCCGUCCGCGAAUCUGCAGACCAAAGCACACAAUUGACGCAUCGAGAACCUCACAGAACGAGCAGACGGCGGGAUGAAGCUGCUGGUGAUUUUUGCGCUGGUGAUGGUGGCCGCGGCGGCUCCCGCGCCGCAAGAGACGGCCCAGGUGAAAAUUCUGAAGGACGAGCGAUCCAUGGAGGGUGACGGCAAGUUCAGCUACGCCUGGGAGUCCGAGGACGGCAGCAUGGCCGACGCCAUCGGGGAGAACAAGAUGAUCGGAGAGGCGUUCGGCGUGGCCAUGAGCGGCUCGUACUCGUUCCAGGCGCCCGACGGCAAGACCUACGAGGUGACGUGGACGGCCGACGAGAACGGCUUCCAGCCGGUGGUCACGCAGCCGGAGGAGUGAGCUGCCGCCGGCCCGGUCGGCGGUCAGAGCCCGGCGGUGGUGGGGACGGUGGGCCAGGGACGGGCGGCAGUGCCGCAUCUGUGGGACGCGUCACCUUCCAGUGCAUCCGGGAACGGAGUGAUCUGUUUGUGCUAUGUUCCUCUGUGUUUUGAUGUUUUGUUUGUGUCAUAAUAUAGGUACCUACACUACA